AUGGCAGAGGACGGGCAAGCAGACAAGGCCGAGGUGGCCGCGGAGGAAUCCGCCCUGUUUGAAGACUCGGACGACGAUGAAGUGGCAGCUCGCAGCUUCGACCCCAAUGCUUGGCUCAAGCCCAAACCCAAGGCAGAGAUUCGUGUUGGACCUCAAUACCAAGCCAUGCAGCUCCCUGCACCGCCUGACCACAGCUGCGUUUCAGAUGCUUCGGCCACCGUACCCAAUCGCCGCAAAGCAUCGAAGCCUCAGCGAGCUGUGGACCUUAAAAGAGACACCGAUGCAGCCCGCGCUUCACCGGCGACAGUGGAAGAGAAGAAGCCCAAGACCAGCGAUGCUGGACGUUGA